AUGUUCGCCCUCACCGCCCUGAUUGCUCUCCUCUCCGCCUCGGCCGCACGCGCCGCCGUGACCCCCACAUCGCCCGAAUCCGCCACUGUCGUGCGAGUGGGCGGACAGAUGAAUGCGCUGUGGGCGGCGGAUACAACGGGGACGUGGACGGACAUGACGGUCCAGCUUAUGACUGGGGAUAAUUUGCAGAUGAUCCCCCUCUCCACCCUCUCGACCGGAAUCGACGGUACAAAGGACACAUCGCACAGCUGGACUGUGCCCAAUGUCUCGCCUACCUCCAAGAUCUACUUCCUCCAAUUCACCCGUACCGGCGACCCCUCCUCCGCGCAGUGGACCACCCGGUUCACCAUCGCCUCCGCUGACGGAACCACCACCCCUCCUACGAACAGCACGACCUACACCCCCGCCCAGGGUCCCGUUCAAUGGGGUAUCGGCGCCGUCGUUGGCGGCUCCGGGGCAGCCUCUAUGCCAUCCUCCAACUCCACCUCCCCCUCCGCAUCCGCAGCCGCCGGCGUCGCAUCAGGCGGCGUACCCGUCGUCCUCUCUUCCUCUACUUUUGCUACCGUCCCGCCGCCCAUCUCGUCCUCCUCCUCUUCGGCGUCCUCGACAACCAGCUCGAGCUCCAGCUCACGGUCCGCCUCGGCAAGCGUCAGCUCGGCGAAUGCCGCGGCGUCCAGCUCGAAGGCUGCUGCGGGCAAGUUGGAGGUCGGUGGGGUUAUGGGGAUGGUGCUGGCGAUGAUUGGUGCGGCUGUUGUUGCUGCAUAA